GUCAAUCAUAUCAAAUCACUUCGCCAUUUUGUUUAACUUUCAUGUUUAUGUGAUAGAGUUUGUGAUUCAUUAAAUAAAGGAUUAAAAAUUAACCAUACAGUUUUUCUAAUGGGAGGCGUAUGUGUUAUGUGUUUUUUAGUUACUGACCCAAGAUAUACGAGUUUGAUCAAUGUCAGUGAAGUGUUUACACUAUCUUAAACGAAGCAAUACCGGAAGUUUACAUCUAAAGGCAGAAUUAUAUGUGAAAAUAAUAAGCUUCAUUUAUUAGAAUGGUGAGAGUGUUUUCAUCUCACAGUUUAUAAUUUUAAGCAAUAUAUUCGACGUGAUUGUAGUUAAGAGAACAAUAAAUUCGGCAAAGUUUGCUAGUGUUUUCUAUUCACUAGGUUUUGUGCCGUUUGUUUGCCGUUGACAUUUUUCGUGUUAACGUGUUCUGUUUUUAUUUAGGUCCGAUUGAUUUUGAUGAAUACUGUUUGGGCCACAGUAUGUGAUAAAAUACUGUAAUUGGUGUAGAAUAACGUCAACGCUUCGAGAUUUAGAUGUAAAAUGUUUGGAAUCGCUUUAUCAUGAGAGAGCUGUAGCCUGCAUGGAGGGGGACGCAUACAGCAUGCCACAACUGGACAAGGCUGCGGCAGCGUAUCCCGACCCCGACCCCGACCCCGCCUACGAGGGAGACACUGUCGCCUCUCGGGAUGCCAAGAAGUACGACCCUGGGCCUGCAGAGACUCUGCCUCUGCUGAGCAGCUCUGCAUGGAGCGCGGUCAUACACCGGCCGGCUGAGGACUCUGAACCGGACGACCUCCCUUCCACCGUCGACAUGGAGGCCAUAAAGGGGUCCCCCGCUACGCCACUGGGUGCCAAGCCACCUGAGCAGCCGGCCGGGCCUAGCGACAGCGAUAGUGAAGAAUCUGACAGCCAGGAGUCGGAGGAAGAGAGUGCUGACUCCGACACCAACAGCGACUCUGAGGGCUCGGGAAGUGGCUCUUUCACUUGGAGCGACUCUGACUCCGGCAGUAGUUCGUGUUCCUCGCACACCAGUCGGUCCUCACACCACCAGACCUUCUCUAUCCGCGAGACCAAUUUCGAGCAGGGAGGCCUGAAGCUGAAGAUUGCUGCCCUGAAGGUGAGCAAGCGAGACACGGAUGGCAGGAAGGAGCCACCCCUAUCUCCGCCCCCUGAAGACAAUAAGAUUGAGAAGAACCAACACACAUUAAAUCUUCAUUUGAUGGCAAGGCAAAUGUUGCAACAUUGUCGUCCACAUGGAGGAAGUCAUCGAAUGUCUCCUGGAACUGGGAAGCCAGCCAAGAGGCUGAGUGCUGCUGCAGGCAAGCCAGAUGGCCGCAGGAAGGGAGAGGGCAAAGGGCGUCCUGUCCGCUCUACCAAAGACAAGGUUGCCUCAGCGCAGCAGAGCGAUGCAGGCAGCACGUGCAGCGAGGAGAUGUCGCAGCUGGCUCAGCAGCUCGACCACAUGGACCAAGACAACAUGGCCAUCUCGGAGCACCUGCAGGUGAUCAACCAAGAGGAUCUGGCAGCCAUCCUUCCCGACGUCAUCACCCCGGGCCACAACGACGACGGCGUGCCCUUCGACGGUUUCGAGGACGUGAGCUCAGAGAGCGGCAGGGGGGCCGCAGGGGUGGAGCUCCCCGACCAGGUGGUGACGGAGGCCAUACAGCGCAUCCACCUGGAUGCAGACGAGGCACCCCGUGCCGGCUACUCGUCCUCCCUGCUGCAGCAGUUCGCAGAGAGAACGGAGGCCCUGUCCGGCCAGGGCCGUGUCGAGCCGGAGGAGCCCGGCCGCAGGAAGCGUGGCCGUCCGCCCAAGCUGCCGAGGAAGCAACCCGAGCCGUCCCCCCUCGAGGCCUACAUGCGUCUCGACUGCUCUGUCUCCAACGUCUCUCCCGACUCUGGCAUUCAGAGUGUAGCUGGCUCUCCUGCCCACCGGUCCUGCUCCCCUGCACCCACGCCCCCGCCCCCUGCUCCCGAGAAGCGCCGGGGCCCCGGCCGCCCACGAGGUUCCGGCAAGAAGCAGCAAGCUCGGCAGCGGGUGUCCGGGACAGACAGUUGCGACGACCUGCUUCCUGUGGCUCCCUUGAAGCGUGGUCCGGGCCGGCCCAAGAAGGCUCCGCCUGUACCGGCGUGCGCGCUGGUCGGGAAGAAGAGUGACGACGAGACUACUGGAACCAAGCGUAUCAAGAGCACCGCUACCUUCCUCGGGGACAUUUGCGAGAAGAUGACGAGGCGGCUGGAACACUCUGUGUACGUGGCAGAAUUGGGGUGGAAGGGGCGGAGGGGUGGUUGUGGGCGGCCCACCCUGGGCCAAGACAAACGGAAGAAAGGUAGAAGAAAAAAGGAAAGUGAUUGUAGGAAUGAGGGGGGGGAAAUGCUAGUGCCACCUGUGAAUGGUCAGAAAAGUGCGACUGUGAGUGGAGAUGGGGACAAAGUACUUUUAAAGAGCAUUACCAACCACAGAUCCUUCCCACAAUCACAAGGAGAACCAAGACACAAACACAAAAGAAGGAAAAAAAUGAAACUUAAUCGCUCUGAGACGUUUAGGCCUGAUCCUUUAUUUUUAGCAGAAUUGGAAAAAUUGGCACAUGAAUUCAAACGCUUAUGCAUGAUCUCAAAAGGUGUUCUCCGUUCUCCAUGUGACAAUGCUCUGCCCUUUAUUUUUCGCACGCGUAGGAUUGGUAAGAAAAGGAAAGUGAGUGAGAAGAGACCAACUAGCGACAAGGAGUCUGGAGCAGAAGGCGAUGGUGGCAAAGACAAGAAUCGACAGAGGCGGCUGAAAAAAAGCACUUCAGAAUUACCUAAGGGCCAUGACAAGCUCGAUACGCACAAUGAGCAGCGACUGCCGCUGAAGAAGAGACACUACCACAUGUCGGCAGCCACCUGCGUGGUCCCCGUGGAGCCCGGCCCACUGACAGCAGGUGCCGGUAAAGGGAACGGCCAACCUGUGGUGGAUGCUGGUAGAAACUCCAUAGAUGAAGCGAUUGAGGCGUGCAUAACAAGGUACACUGCCUCACCCUCUGUCAUUGCCACGCCUAAGAAGAGACAUCGUCUGGAAGUCAUCUCCAGUGCGCCUACAAAAAACGCAACUCUGUCUGGGAAACACAGAGAUGAUAGCAGCACACCUCAGCCAAGUAAGCGGACAUCAUCCAGAAGCGCGAGCACCAACACGACCGUGGUUACGGAGUCACCUGGUUCGACUCACUUGUCACAGACUUUAGGUACUCCAAAGCAGCCGGAAAGUGGUGUCUUUGAACCCUCCAAAAACAUUGACAUCGAACUUGUGCUGGGAGCAUCGAGCAUAUCCAUUGCCAAACAAGCGCCUUCUUCUCCCUCCAAACCUGCGGUUACUUCCGUAGCUCAGAAAGUACUGCCCAUUACGUCUAACAAGACCCUGCUCGUGGCCAGCAAGCCUUCUAUUGUCCAAGGGAAAUGCCUUGUAGCCAAUAAAGCAUCCGGGAACACUUGUCAGGCUGCUUCUACUACGGCAUCUGCCACACCCACCACCAUGACCACUACCACGAGCAGGUCGGCUUCUAACAAGGCAUGUGCACUGUCUACAAGCUCCAGCAAGGCUCAUCCUUCCCCGCCCAAGGAGUCCUUUGGCAAGUCUGGCCUGUCCUCAUGCAAAACUAGUGCUUCCCUAGGGAAAUCCACAUCAUCGAGCAACACCAACAAACCUACUCCUUCCUGUUACAAAGAAAGUGCUUCCACUCCACAUUGUUCUCCCAAAACAAAACCAAGCAUCCAGCCUGAUAUCUUACAUACUUCGGCAAAAUGUACCAUACUGCCACAAACAAGGUCUAGUUCUCCGUUAAAAAAGUUGGUUGCUCCAGUGACGAGAUCGACACCUACGAAGCUACCUGCUGUCAUUGCGAGAUCGAGUGCAGUGUCGUCAAGGAAUAAGGGACUUGCUGAUCACAACUCGAGGUUGAAACGGCUGAACUUGCGAUCAGUAGUGGAGAAGAAGUCUGCAUGCAGGCACACUAUGUUGAAAAAAAGGAAAGGCAUGCGAGAGGUUCGGGUACAUGUGACGAAGUUGACUGCUGCCGACCUGUUAAAGAAGGCUGCGGGAGCUGCCAAGAAGAGAGCAAGACGCAGGAAGGCCAUCAACAAGACGGGCUUUCCAGUCAAGAAGAAGAAGAAAAAGAAGCAGUGUGUGGUGGAGGUUGGAGUGGGAGUUAACACCGUUGCAGCGGAAGAGGAGGCAGACUCGUCAGGGGACGAUGGGGUGACAUUAGCAGAGCUGAACCGCAUGGGUAGGCAAAACAGAGUGUCGAAGGAGCAAUCUGUGACAGUAGAGCAGGAGGCCACGUGCAUCAAAAGAAGGCAUGACAACGUGACAUUGACAGAGCAGAGCAUCAUGGGCAAGCAAGGCAGGACAUUGGAGGAGUGGUCAGUAAAGGAAGCACAUGAGGUGACAUGCAUCAAAAGGAGGCGUGGUGACGUAACUUUGGCAGAGUUGAGCGGCAUUGGCAGGCGAAGCAAGACAUCAGAGAAGCCGGCUGUGGAGAUAAAGCAGGAGGCAACACGCGUUAAAAGGAGGCGUGACGACAGGGUGACGUUGCCAGAGUUGAGCAGCAUGGGCAGGCGAAGCAAGACUUUAGAGAAGCUGGCAGUGGAGAUAGAACAGGAGGCGACGCGUGCUAAAAGGAGGCAUGAUGACUGGGUGACGUUGCCAGAGUUGAGCAGCAUGGGCAGGCGAAGCAAGACUUUAGAGAAGCCAGGAGUGGAGAUAGAACAGGAGGCGACGCGUGCUAAAAGGAGGCAUGAUGACUGGGUGACGUUGGCAGAGUUAAGCAGCAUGGGCAGGCGAAGCAAGACAUCGGAGGAGCCGGCAGUGGAGAUAGAGCAGGAGGCAACCCGCGUUAAAAGGAGGUGUGACGACGGGGUGAUGUUGGCGGAGUUAAGUGGCAUGGGCAGGCGAAGCAAGACAUCGGCGGAGCCAGCAGUGGAGAUAUUGCAGGAGACAACACGCAUUAAAAGGAGGCAUGAUGAUAGAAUGACAUUGGCAGAGAUGAGUGGCACGGGCAGGCGAAGCAAGAUAUUGGAGGAGAAGACAAUGGAGAUAGAGUCUGAGGCAACGCGUAUUAAAAGGAGGCGUGACAAUGGGGUGACACUGGCAGAGUUGAGUGGCAGGACAUCAGAGGAGCAGGCGUUGGAGAUAGAGCAGGAGGCAGUGUGCACCAAGAUGAUGCAUGAAGUUGAGGCAACUCCUCCGGAGGUCAGCAAGCUUCUGUGCGCAACUGCAAAGGAUAGUGAUGCUGUGGCAAGUGAUAGGACCAACUGUGUGGCGGCACAGUGCGAGUGUUCAGCCGGAGCAAAGUGCUGGCGUCGCAAGAAGCAGCGUGCUUGGAGAAAGAGGCCACGACCGAGCCUCGCAAGGGAAGAGACAGCACACCACUGCAGCAAGGGCGGCGAGGACUUGAAGCUGCCCUGUGACGUUUGGUGGCAGAACGGCCAUGGCCAGCCGCCUGGCCGCCACAAGGUUCCCUCCUGGAACUACAAGAAGAUACGCAGCAAUGUGUAUUAUGACGUGAAGCCUACGUACACCUACGAAGCACAGGCGUGCAAUUGUGCGGUGCCAGCAACACGCUGCAAGAAGGCGUGUGGUGAGGACUGCAUCAACCGCAUGGUGUAUGCAGAGUGCUCCCCACAGUUGUGCCCAUGUCACGAGCAGUGCAGCAACCAGCGCAUCCAGCGCCAUGAGUGGGCUCCCGGUCUCGAGCGCUUCAUGACCAAGGAUAAGGGCUGGGGUGUGCGCACCAAGUAUCCUAUCAAGAUGGGGGAGUUCAUCCUUGAGUACGUGGGCGAAGUUGUCAGUGAGAAAGAGUUCAAGGACAGGAUGGCAUCCCGCUAUGUCCAUGACACCCACCACUACUGUCUCAACCUGGACGGUGGGCUUGUCAUCGAUGGCCAUCGCAUGGGCGGAGAUGGCCGAUUCGUGAAUCAUUCGUGUGAACCAAACUGUGAGAUGCAGAAGUGGAGUGUGAAUGGCCUGUUCAGGAUGGCCCUGUUUGCAUUGCGUAACAUCGAACCCAACGAAGAGCUGUCAUAUGACUACAACUUCUCUCUGUUCAACCCUGCAGAGGGACAGCCCUGCAAGUGCGGCAGCAACAAGUGCCGCGGUGUGAUCGGCGGCAAGUGGCAACGCGUGAACGGUUGCUCGGGCCAGCCGACGGAGGAGCGGCGGCUGGUGGGACGGCCACGCAAGAACCAUCGCAAGAGCAGUGUGAGCAGCUGCAGCAGCAGCCUGGCCAGACUGAAGCUGCGCAGGCGUGCGUGUGACAGCAGCGUGAAGCAACACGUGCGUGCCAUGUCGCACCAGCAGCGCUGCUUCGUGCAGCAGCACCACUGUUUCCUACUGCGUAGUUUCGACAAGGUGCGCAGGGUGCGGGAGCGUGGGAAGCAAGCUGCUCACCGUGACCAGGCAGCUACCUGUGCCUACCCACGCCUGCAGGUGAAGCAGUCAGAUGUGUUCAUGACGCAGCUGAAUGCUCUGUCGACGCCACGCAACAUCCGCACGCGACGUCUGGCGCAAGCACAGGACAACCCGGAGAUGAAUCGCACUGCGCGGCUCGCGCAAGUCUUCCAGUUGCUCUUCUCUGCCGUGGCUGCUGCCAAGGACGAAGAUGAUGAGAUGCUAGCGACACCCUUCAUGAGUCUGCCUUCGAAGCGCAAGCUGCCGGCAUACUACCAGCGCAUCCAGGAACCAAUAGACCUGUCCAUGGUGGAACAAAACAUUGUGACAGGAGCAUACAAGACGGUGGAAGCCUUCGACCAGGAAAUGUGUCGCCUGUUCAAGAACAACGUGCGCUUCUUUGGACGCACCUCGGACAUGGGAAUUGUCGCGACGCGCCUGCGCAAGGUCUACAACCUGGCCAAGGUGGACGUAAAGAGCCAGCUGGAGGAGAUUCUGGGGGAGACACCCCCAGCUUCCUUCAUCCCCGAUCACGACCCAGGAGGAGAGGAGGAGGACGUGAUACGCUGCAUCUGUGGCCUGCACCGCGACGAGGGCCUGAUGAUCCAGUGCGAGCGCUGCCUGGUGUGGCAGCACUGUGACUGCGUUCGAGCCGACCCUGGGGUGGACAGGUACCUGUGCGAGCGCUGCCAACCGCGGCCCGUCGACCUGGAGAUCUUGAUGGAGCCGCAGCCACACUACGCCACGCCUGGCCUCACCUACUACAUCACUCUGCUUCGUGGUGACCUGCAGUUGCGCCAAGGAGACACGGUGUACGUGCUCAGAGACAUGGUGGAGGAGAGCGCGCCCAAGUCCUCGCCACCCGUCAAGCACACCUACAAGACUGUGAAGAACAUCAAGUACUGCGACCUAGACAUCUUCAGGAUUGAGAGGCUGUGGAAGGACCACAGCGGGGACAGGUUCGUGUUCGGGCACCACUACCUGCGUCCCCACGAGACCUACCACGAGCCCACGCGCAAGUUCUUCGCCAACGAGGUGAUGCGCGUGCCGCUGUACGAGAUAGUGCCCGUGGAGUUGGUCAUGGGCCACUGCUGGGUGCUGGACCUCAACACGUACUGCAAGGGGCGGCCGGUGGGCGCACCGGAGGAGCACGUCUACAUCUGCGAGUACCGUGUCGACAAGACCGCGCAUCUCUUCUCCAAGAUCGCCAAGCCUCGCGUCAACAUCUGCACCAAGUCGUACGCCUUCGAUGCCUUCGACCAGCGCCUCCGUCCCCAGCGCACCUAUACCCCUCACGGGCCCAUCACGCUGCGCGCCCGAGGUCGCAGUGCGGGCUCCAGCACCGGCGCCACACGCCAGGCCGUCGACGAGGCCGUGCAGAGCGAGGAGGAAGUGCCACUAGCUACACGAGAGAGGCAGAAGCAGCGCCUGAACGGCAUCCUGCUGCGACUGUUGGCGCGUCUGCCCAGCAAGCAGCCCCUGGACCUGUCCUACCUGCUAGACGCGGGCCGCAGACAUCGCAAGAAGACGGCCGUGCUCAACCCUUGAGAGUGGCUGCUGUAGGGGUCGGCAGCUGGCGACUCCACCCGCCUCUCAGUGCCUCUUGUCGCCCGACAUAUCUCCUAUUCCUAGCUCCACUUCUUGUAAAUAAACUGUACAUUCAUUUUAUUUAACAAAUGCGGUAUUAUACAUAUAUGUGUGUAAAUAUGAUAUAAGUUGCUGAUAUUUAUUUUUUAUGUUCGCAAUUUUGUGUUAGUAGAUGCAAGUCUUGAAAUAGUAAUCUGUGAGAAGAUGACUAAAUUAUUGAACAAUUGUUGUGACUAAAUUAUUGAACAAUUGUUGUAUUAAAUUGUUUAUUUACACCCGUUUAUCAUUGAAGUUUGUAUGUAUUUAUUUGCAAUUAUUUAUUGGCAGAAGCUUGUGGCACAGAGCUAACCAUUUGUGCUGGCUUCCACGAUGGUUCUCUUGCUCACUGACGUAGCUUGGUGUGAAGUUGUGACCCCUGCCUGAAACGCUCUGACCUUGCCCAUCACGUUACUCGCGUAGUUCUCUGUGUGCGGUUAUCGGUACAACAUUUCUACCGUCACAUCGUUUGUAGAUACCUUAGUUGCAACUAUGGUAAAUCCUUGUUAAGAAUUUUCUCAGCGUACUUAGAAAUGUAGACUUAUUAACACACAAGUUUUAUUUAAAGGUUCAUAUUGUAUGUAUUUAUAGGUCCAGUGCUAAAUUUUUUAAUUUAUUAUGCAGGAAAGUUUCUUAAGUGGGAUUUACUGUAACAUCUUAAUGGUAUAUGACGUUGAAGGAUUUGUAUUGUGAGUUUAUUAAAUUUUUGUAAUGAAUGUAAAUAUUUUUAAGUAGUGAAACCUGUAACAAAAUAACAAAAAGUACAAAACUAAUGUUAAAUUGUGCAAGUUAAUUUUAUGAUCUUAUUGCACAUAUGUUUAAGUGUAAGGUCAUUUUGGCACUGAAUUAGUGAUAGUUCUAUUGUGAUGGUUGUUUGGUACUAAAAGUAUAAGAAAAAGCAUUUUAAAAAAUUUCUUUAAAUGCUGAUCCAUCUUAUUUGUGUAAAUGUUGAGAGAGUGAAAAUGCAAAAAUGUAUAUUUUUAUGCUAGUCAAAGAAUGCUAAUAAAACUAUUUUUGUCGAUAAUAAUGUUAAGACUUUUCUCUUUUGAAUUUUUUAGUAAGGAGUCAAGAGAAACGGGGAAUAACUAAGGAAUUUGGCUUGGCCAGGUGUAUUAUAGUUUUGUUUUAUAAAGGAUAAUUUUUAAUAGAUAAUAUUAUAAUGUUAAGGGGAAACAGUGCACUUUCCUACAAACAACCUCACAACCCGUGCUCACAUUGGCAGUAUCAAAUACUGCCUUGUUGGCCAUGCGUUUUGACACGUAACUUAUUUUGUACAGAAAAGUGUCUGUCGAGUAGAAUAUUCGAUACUCACAGUGUUAGUUGUAGUCGAGACGUACUGUAAAUAAAUCCUGCACACCGUCAUCUUUUCUUGUUUUUUAUACUUUAUCAUUUUAUACUUUUUUUUUUGCAAAUGGUAAUUGAUUACAGAAUAUAUGCUAUUUGAAGCACAUUUUUUGUUCUCAAAUCUCUUUUUUGAACAUUAUAAUAUGCAAUAGAUUCAGAGCUGUAAACUUCUUGUUAAGUGUUCAACUGUAUUAAAAAGUAAGAAAAAUAAUAAUAUGACGCUUCUUCAGACUA